AGGGUUGGCUGGCUAUGUUUGGAGCCAGCAGUUAACUCGGAAACUCCACCGGACAUGUUACCAUAUCUUAUCAGUAAAUCGACAAAGUGGACAUCGAUCAUAAAUUCUGUUGGAUUUGUCAGCAAGAUCCUCACCGUGCGUCAGUUAAACGUGCAGUGUACUUUAGUGCGGGAGUAUACAUUCACAUAAAACAAACGAGUGUAGACAAAAUUAAUUUUUGAAUUCCUGCAAUUAUACCCUGCACAAAAUUUUUGUGCCAUUGAUGCAUUUUCUGUAUAGGUAGUGUUGUCGGUAAUUCUUUGUCACUGAUUCAGCUUCUAAUAAAUGAUUAAUCCAACCUUGUCUAGCUUUCCUAGAAGUCAUCAAUAAUCAUGAAUUAUUUAUAACAUCGUUUGUGCACAUAAACUGAGACAUUAAAAGAACGAUUCUUUGCACGUGGCUUGCUCAAUUUUUUUCAGUACAACGUUAUUCUACAAACAUAUUUACACCAAGAUGGGGGAUGGAUGGCGAAUCAUGUACCUCCUACUGCACAAAAACUUGAUAAUACGUAAACGACACUGGAUUGGAACCAUCGCUGAAGUUGUAACACCAGCUUGCAUUAUUGCAAUCAUCAUGGCCCUCAGGACACUCAUACCUAGUGGAACUACUGUCGUUACCAAUAGCACGAUAUACCCAGUACAGAAUAGAACUUACUUGGAAAGUAACUUUUUCCCGGAUCUACUUCGCAUAUUUUAUUUACCCCAAAAUGAUUUCACCACCAGUUUAAUGGAGAACUCUACAGAAUGUCUUGGAAUAGCAAGUAGCCAACUCUAUGGCUUUGAUACGGAAUCUACUAUGUUGGAGGGUUAUGAAGCGCAACAAGCACAGGAUUUGACAAUCUCAGUCCUGGUGGUUGUCUUUGAAGGGACUGUCGGGGACUCUGUACAGAAUUUAGUGUACACCAUGAAGACUUCCCGUUCACUUAAGAGCUCAUUAGUUGAUUCUGAUUACGGAAUGCCUAGUACUGUAGCUGAUACUUUAAUAGAUGAAAUCCCAUUUGUAGCAUUACAAAUGUGCGUAGAUGAUUCGUUUAUUAGUCGAGUCGCUCCUGCCUAUGCCGAGCAGAUGCCAACGAGAAGUCUACAAAAAAUGCCAUAUCCCCCAUAUGAAUCUGCAGAUUUGAGUGAACUUUUUUUUCGUGAUACUAUUGGCACCUGGGCAGCGAUUAUGUUCAUUGUAACAUUAUACUUGGUACCAUCUUACAUCACUACGGAAAAAGACACAGGAGUGAACGCCCUGCUGAAGAUGAACGGUGUGAAAACAUAUCAAAAUUUUUUGAGCUGGUUAAUCAUUGGUUUCGUAUUGGGCACUGUAGCCGUUCUUCUAAUUACGAUAGUUGUCAAAGUGUAUUUCACGUCCAGUCAGCUACCGUUUUACUACUAUAGCAAUGGCUUCAUAUUUUGGAUGGCAAUUUUGAUAAACUUUAUUCACACAUAUGCUUUCUGUUUGCACGUAGCUUCUUACUUCACCAAAGCUCGAAUUGCUCAAGCAACAAUGAUGCUGAUAGUGUUUGUCGUACUGCAAGUUGUCAACCAACUUGAAACCAAUGAGCUGUAUAGCGUUCUUCCGUAUCUUGGAUUUUUAUUCCCAACUGCAGCUGCGAUGAGAAUAUUCGACGAAUUCAAUAGCUACGACAAUUUAUUAAUUGGAGUACAGUGGAAUAAUUUAUUUUUAACGGAACAUGAAGUACUUGGAUUUGACGGAACUCUCGGCUUUAUAAUGAUCUUUAGUAUUGUUGCUACUAUUUUCCACUUCCUUAUUGCCCUGUAUCUCGAUGCUGUUUUACCUGGCAAAUAUGGUGUAGGGAAAUCACCGUUCUUUUUUCUCAAGGCUUUCAAGAAAAAUAAGGUGAACAAUGGCCAGAGUAAUGACGUAGUGUUGAAUGGUGCUUCUAACGGGCAGCCUAAAGUAUUGGAACAUGUGGCUGAAGGUGCUUUAACACCUGGAAUACAGAUACGAAAUUUGGAAAAAACUUACACCAUUGGAUAUUUAAAAUCGCAGACGGUGCAAGCGGUUCGUGGAAUCAGUCUUGAUUUUUACAAAGGACAAAUAACUGCUUUAUUGGGACACAAUGGGGCUGGAAAAACUACAACAAUGUCAAUCCUCACUGGUUUAACUUCACCUACAUCAGGAACGGUAUUGGUCAAUGGUAAAAAUAUAAACAGUGAUAUGCAAGCAAUUAGGGAUGACUUAGGCAUGUGUCCACAAGAGAACAUGCUAUUCUCAGAUCUUACCGUAAUGGAACAACUGCAGUUAUUUGGAUUGUUAAAACAGAAGACGAAAACAAGAGAUGAGGUCAUACAUGAUGUAGAAGAAUUACUAGUCAAGCUGAAAAUAAGUGAAAAGCGAAACGCCCUCCCGAAGCAUCUCUCUGGGGGUCAAAAAAGAAGAGUGUGUUUAGGGAUGGCGCUUGUUGGCAACGCAUCGACCUUGAUCUUAGAUGAACCAACCUCAGGUAUGGAUCCAGAAACAAGUAGAGUGACAUGGGAGAUCAUAUUGAAAUUCCGAAAGCAGAAGACAAUAAUAAUUACAACCCACAGUAUGGAGGAAGCGGAUGUUCUUGGAGAUCGAAUUGCGAUUAUGCACAAUGGGAAUAUGAAAUGUUACGGCACUUCAAUGUUUCUUAAAAAAUUCUAUGGUAAGAACUAUCAGGAAGUUACUCUUUCGAUAGAGUCAUGGUACGAUCGAGGCAAAAUUCAAGCCAUAGUUGGGACUGAUGCAAAGAUAGAUACAAGUACUUACGGCAGAAUAGUCAUAAGCAUUCCAAUGACUGAUUCCUUGCCAGAGACCUUGGACAAAAUAGAACUGAUGAAAGCAGAGCUUGGUAUUUCUGGUGUCAGCGUAUCCAUGAUUACUCUAGAACAGGUGUUUUUGAAAGCUGCUGAAGAAGAAGAUGAAAAAGAAAAAAAGGAAGAAGAAAAAAAUGAAGAAAUUAGUGUACCUGCGGGUAAUGCAGAAGAAAAAGAACUGGGUUGUCAACAAAAUGUUAAAUUGACAGGAUUGCAACUUAAGAAACAAAUUUUUUGGGCAUUGUUAGCAAAGAAAGCUUUUUAUGCUAAAAAUAAUCGAGGGAUAUUAAUUGGAAUGGUUUUUGGAACUUUGAUUGCAGUAAUAUUAAUGCCGAUUUUUGCUAUGAAAGUGACCAGCAGCACAAAUUACCGACCGCUCAGUCUUAGUAUCUAUCCGAAUUCGGAGGCUCUGAUAUAUAACGAAGAUGAAAACCUGGCAAACACAUAUGCAGCGGUUAUUGAAGGCCAGAGGGGUACAGCAACUUUGUUAGGAUCUGAAGUUAAUAUACUCGAUGCACUACUGGAGAAAGCUACAGCAGGCAUUGUAUAUUACAGGAACAAUAUAGUCGUCUCUGCAGAAUUUGAUUCAACUGGCGAGACUAUUACAGCAAAUGGUCUUUAUUCUGGUAGUGCGACAUUGAGUGCACCAAUAAGUGUCAAUGUAAUCUCGAAUUCACUUUUAAAGACGUUCGCGAGUGAUGCAUACUCGAUCACAGCAAAUAUUGAAAACUUGCCAAAAUCAUUGGUCGACUAUCUCUAUGAUGAGUUUACAGUAAAGUCGGAUAAUCUGUUGCAAAUGAUGUUGUUUAUAAGCGUUUUUUUCAUCGCUGUUGGGUUGUUUGUCAUUAAUCCACUGAUGGAAGUUACUACUUCUGUUAAACAACUUCAACGAAUGACAGGAGUCUCAUCCAUGUUGUACUGGGGAACUAUGUUCAUUUUCGAUUAUGGCAUUUAUAUCAUAGCGACGAUUGUCACAGUACUAGGAUUUGUGAUAAUGGAUAUCAUUUUUCAAUCAAAAACAUAUUACAGUGUGGAAAUUGGAAUUCUCUCAUUGCUAUUACUUCUUUUUGGUAUCAAUCUCCUACUGCUGGCCUACGUAUUUAGUUUCACACAAAAACCGCUCUAUGUAGUACUUUUAAUCCUCUGUCUCGCGAAUAUUAUAAUUGCGGAAAUUCAGGUGUUUAUAAACUUGGCAUUGGAAUACAUGGAGUCAUAUGGUGUGGGUUUUUUACUUCAACGAAGACUAUUUUCGUUGUUGCCCCAUGUCAGCUUCACUUUUGGAUUCUCGAAAUUCUUGGACGUAGCGGCUAACAAUGCCAGAUGCCGCGGGUUGCCAAACAGUUUUGGUCAAAUAGCUUGUCUCCUUCAGGACCCCUGCUGCAAUUUAGAUUGCGCAGACGGCAAGUGUAAUGCCAGAGUUCCAUAUUUUGGUGACUUUACUGCAGAUGCUGGAUUAGAAGAGUUCGUAUUGUAUCUGGCGUUGACACCAAUUGGUUUUCUGAUGAUUCUAUUUUUACUCGAACAUCGAGUAUUUGGAAAGUUGAUAUCUAAGAUGAAAUCUUCUGAAACAGUAGGUUUAAGUGAUACCGAAACUAUCGAUAGUGAUGUUGUAAAUGAAAAGCGAAUUGUACAGCAAGCGAUUAAUCAGCGUGAACAAGAUUCAAAUUUUGAAGAUGAAAAUGUUUUCUUAGCUUACGAGUUAAGUAAACGUUAUGGAAAACUUCAAGCAGUGAAAGAAGUCAAUUUUAGAGUCAUGAAAAAUGAAUGCUUCGGUUUGUUGGGUGUUAAUGGAGCUGGAAAAAGUACUACAUUUCGAAUGUUAGUUGGUGAGGAUGUACCCACAAGUGGUAUUCUUAUUCGUGGUCGUAACAAUAUCAAAAUCAAUCGUAAGCAGUACUUAGCAGGGAUUGGAUACUGCCCUCAAAUCAACGCUUUGAUCCCAUCUUUUAAUGCCUAUGAACAUCUAUUACUUUUCGCCCGCUUAAGAGGCGUGCCAAAGGCUGAGGUUGAGUCAGAAGUUCAACUAUGGAUUGACAAGUUGCGAUUGAACAAACAUGCUAAAAAUAUGAGCAAAACCUAUAGCGGAGGAAAUAAGAGACGGUUGAAUAUUGCAAUGGCAUUAAUUGCGAAUCCGGAAAUGGUGUUGCUGGACGAACCAACAGCAGGUGUGGAUCCAGGAGCGAGAAGGUCAUUGUGGGGCGUUCUUCAGAGUUGUCAAAAUUCCGGACAAGCUAUUAUAUUAACUUCGCACAGCAUGGAGGAAUGUGAAGCUUUAUGCAACCGAUUACUAAUCAUGGUUCGAGGCCAAUUAGUUUGCGUUGGAGCUAGUCAGCAGUUGAAACAGCGUUACGGAGCUGGCUACGAUAUAAGCAUAAAAUUAAACCCGGAAAGAUCGGAAGAGGAGCACAAAAAGAUUAAAGAAAAAAUCCAAUCUUCUCUUACCUGUGAAUUACGUGAUGAACAUCCGGGAUAUCUAUUCUAUCACAUACUUGAUAAUCGGACAACCUGGGUGAAAAUGUUUGGAAUAAUGAAUACAUUGAAGUCACAGCACAGCUGUAUCGAGGAUUUCACUGUAUCCUCGUCGACAUUAGAACAAUUAUUUAUACAGUUUGCUAGAUCUGCUUCAGGAUCUACGACUGUACCUAAUGGAGUAACUAACGUUUUAACUAACGUAUAAUACAGUAUCGUGAAUAAGUACAAACUCAGUAUUAUACUAAACUUUGAUCUCUACAUUUUUUUACUCAAAGUGGAGAUGCAUCUUAACUUGUUAACGUGACAUAUUCAAUUUAUAAAAUACUACAGCUGUUAGAGAACUUGAUACAGACUAGUAACAAACUGUUGAGGCUAAUUGGUAUAUUUAAUUAAAUAAUAAGUAAUCAACUACGGUAGGUUAUAAUGUCAGAGUUAUAUUUAAAUCGAAUGAAGUGUUAAAAUAAGCGUUAAAAUGAUUGAUUAAAAAUGAAACAAAAAUCCCAAAACUUUGGCCAUUUCAGUUCCGUUAUUUGCGGACACGUGAUUAAUUCAUCGUAAAGAUAAGCAGUAAGAAAAAUACUGGAUAACGUGAUUGCACCUAAAAAUUUGUAGCUCAGUUAUGCGCAGUGGAAUUUUUCAAUUGCUCGAAAUAGAGAAUA